UAGAGUUUCCACUAUGUGUGAUAAAGUGACUGAGCUGGGGUCUGCCAUUGCCCAUGGGAUCUCAUUGGAUCCUGCUAACGUCCCCUAAUUGCCCAGCCUCACCUGAUUCAUCAUGAGAGGAUCGGUCCGGUGCUUGGCCACUGUCCCCUCAUACUGGCACUACUGUUGUGCCGUGUGAGCAGCCCUACUCCUCUACUGCUUGUAACACGGAAUGGCCUCUCUGGACCUACCUUACCGCUGUCCUCGCUGCGGUGAGCAUAAGCGCUUUCGAAGCCUGUCGUCAUUACGUGCCCACCUGGAAUACAACCACACCUACGAGACCCUCUACGUCCUCUCCAAAUCCAACAGUGUAUGUGACGCUGCCGCUUUGCUCCCGUUGGUGGCUGAGGGAGCUCUCCUCGCCCCUACCAACAACAACGACCCCUUGGAGCCACUUCGUCCUUCCUCCUUCAAGGAGCGACGCUUCCCUUGCCGUGAGCUUCCCUGUCCAGAAGACCUGGGUUUGACCCCGGCGAACUCCAACGCCACACCUCGGUACAUCCCCAAUGUAGAGUUCCCUCUGGGGGAGAUUUUCAUGAAACGAGCCAUGACUUCCACAGACCCAGGUCCCCAUGCGAACCCAAGCACAGCUGUCGCAGUGGCAGCUAAUGUGGCAGCGAGCGCAGUGGAGGCGGCCUAUGAGGAAGGACUUGCCAGGCUUAAAGCACGGGCAUUUGAACGACUAGAGCUGGAUGAGAGGCUGGAGAAGUUGUCUGAAGAGGUGGAGCAGAAAAUAGCAGCACGUGUAGGCCGUCUUCAGGCAGAGUUGGAGAGGAAGAGCUCUGAGCUUGAGCGGGCCAAACAGGAGAGUGAGCGGCUGAGCCAGGAGAAGCAGGACCUGGAGGACAAGGCUUCAGAACUUUCUAGGCAGGUGGACGUCUCUGUGGAGAUGCUGGCUAACCUCAAGCAGGAUCUGGUGAACAAGGAAGAGGAACUCAGCCACAAACAACAGGAGGUCGCCCAGAUCGACCAAUUCCUUCAGGAGACUGCAGCCCGUGAAGCUAAUGCCAAGGUGCGCCUGCAACAAUUCAUUGAGGAGCUGCUGGACCGCGCUGACCGGGCCGAAAAACAGCUGCAAAUCAUCAGCAGCUGUGGGACCACACCCAACGGCAGCCUGGGCCGCUGCAGCGCCCAGGGCUCGAAGGGAAAUGGACGGCAGAGAAACUCCAGCCUCUCUGGGGGCACUCGGGGUAUGUACCAAGUGUCUGACCGACGUUCCUCCCCCAGCACAGGUGCAUCAGGGCACAUCAAGUCAGUUUCACAGGGCUCUGGGGGUUACGACAGUGACAGUGUCGAGAUGCACCCCAUGGAGGAGUGUCCCGAGGCGCAGUAUUACCACGUCCAGUGCCGACUGGGUGAGGGAGGCUACGAGCGUUCCCCCGGGGUUGGGGGGGUGUCUCGGAGCUGGGGCCUCCGUAAGCAAGCAAUACAGAACUGGCAGCGGCGGCCAUACAGGAACAGCACAGAGGGGGAGGAAGGAGACGUGUCAGACGUGGGCUCCCGGACCACUGAAUCAGAAGUGGAGAUGUGGGAGCAGGAGAGGAGGGCUGUGGCAGAGGUUCAACAGUCUGCUGCCCCCCACCUUCACCAUGGCAGGGCUGGGUACCGCCCAAGCACAGGGCGGUCUGAAGGGCCCUACAACAAACCAUGUCGCCAUGAGAAGAGCCCAUCCAAGUCCAAUGAAGUUAUCAGCCCAGAGAUCUUAAAGAUGCGUGCAGCCCUCUUCUGUAUCUUCACCUAUCUCGAUACAAAGACCUUAUUGAGGGCUGCUGAAGUCUGCCGUGACUGGAGGUUUGUGGCCCGUCACCCAGCAGUGUGGACUCGAGUACUACUGGAGAACGCUCGCAUCUCCUCCAAGUUCCUGGGCACGCUGUCUCAGUGGUGCACUCAGACCCACUCCCUUAUUCUACAAAACCUCAAACCACGACAGAGGGGCAAAAAGGAAACCAAAGAGGACUAUCUGAAAAGCACACGUGGCUGUCUGGAGGAGGGUCUGGAGGCUAUGCUGAAAGCCACAGGAAGCAAUCUGCUGAUACUGAAGGUGUCCCACUGCCCCAAUUUGCUGACAGACCGCUCUCUCUGGUUGGCCAGCUGCUACUGCCGGGCCCUGCAGGCAGUCACCUAUAGGAGUGCCACAGACCCAGUAGGCCAGGAGGUAAUCUGGGCCCUGGGAGCAGGCUGCAGAGACAUCAUCUCCCUGCAGGUGGCACCACUACACCCAUGCCAACAGCCAGCUCGCUUCAGUAACAGAUGCCUACAGACCAUAGGUAGAUGCUGGCCUCACCUCCGUGCCCUGGGUGUAGGUGGAGCUGGGUGUGGCAUUCAGGGGCUUGCUUCACUAGCGAGGAACUGCAUGCGCCUGCAAGUGCUGGAGCUGGACCACGUAAGUGAGAUAAACCAGGAGGUGGCUGCAGAAGUUUGCAGGGAGGGCCUGAAGGGUCUGGAGAUGCUUGUGCUCACUUCUACACCAGUGACGCCCAAAGCCCUUCUCCACUUCAACAGCGUGUGUCGAAACCUAAAGUCCAUUGUGGUUCAGAUUGGCAUUGAAGACUACUUUGAGGACCCCAAUAGCCCUGAGGCUAGGAAGCUGUUUGAUGAAAUGGUGAACAAGCUGCAGGCUCUGAAGAAGAGACCUGGCUUCUCUAAAAUCCUGCACGUGAAAGCAGACAGUCUCUGCUAA